AUGUUGAAGAGUGAAGAUACUGAGCUUGUUGUUGAGGACAUUGAGUUGAUAGAUGUUGAAGACACUGAGCUUGUUGUUGAGGACAUUGAGUUGAUAGAUGUUGAAGACACUGGGCUUGGUGUUGAGGACAUUGAGUUGAUAGAUGUUGAAGACACUGAGCUUGUUGUUGAGGACAUUGAGUUGAUAGAUGUUGAAGACACUGAGCUUGGUGUUGAGGACAUUGAGUUGAUAGAUGUUGAAGACACUGAGCUUGUUGUUGAGGACAUUGAGUUGAUAGAUGUUGAAGACACUGAGCUUGUUGUUGAGGACAUUGGGUUGAUAGAUGUUGAAGACACUGAGCUUAGUGAAGACACUGAGCUUGUUGUUGAGGACAUUGAGUUGAUAGAUGUUGAAGACACUGAGCUUGUUGUUGAGGACAUUGAGUUGAUAGAUGUUGAAGACACUGAGCUUGUUGUUGAGGACAUUGAGUUGAUAGAUGUUGAAGACACUGAGCUUGUUGUUGAGGACAUUGAGUUGAUAGAUGUUGAAGACACUGGGCUUGUUGUUGAGGACAUUGAGUUGAUAGAUGUUGAAGACACUGGGCUUGUUGUUGAGGACAUUGAGUUGAUAGAUGAUGAAGACACUGGGCUUGGUGUUGAGGACAUUGAGUUGAUAGAUGUUGAAGACACUGGGCUUGGUGUUGAGGACAAUGGGCUGGUUGAUGUUGAUGACACUUGCAGUUUCGUCUCUCGUAUACAAGAGCCAGUGCUAACACCUGUACUUCUGAUAAGAUCUUUUCUGAAACAUAACGGGUUAAAACAGGCCAGAAGAAACGAUGGUUACGUUAGAGAAGACUUUCCAGCACAAUUUGUGGAUUUGUGGACCACAAGUAUGGGGAAACCAGUACCAGCUGCUUGA